GAUACCUCGGGUUUAAGCAGUCGAGCGAACUUGUCCGCCGACCCUGUCAUUCAUGUGGUGUCCUCCGGGAGCACGUACUCGAGGAUCGAGGACAUCACGAACCACUUCCGACACCGGGAUGAGUGUUCAUGCACCGAGCACCGUUGAAAUGGAAAUGAUGCGACUGGACUGACGAUGGAUCGGUUGAGAGACGCUUGGAUGGAAGUAGAACACGGCGAUCAUCCCGCUAUCCAACACGCUGACCAGUACGGACUUGCGUUCUCAAGCCCGACCUGGCUUUUCCCGGGUCUCAGUCCGUGCUGUUUAGCUGCAAUAGACCUUCAACAUGCCGAGGCACAAGGGGAGAUCGAAAAGCACUGGCGACGUUUUUCCUCCCUGCUGCGUAUUGAACACGGGGCGGAUUUCUGGACCAUCCUUGACCAGCGUUAUCAGGCUACAUGUCGUGCAAACAAAAUCAAGCAACCUAGGCUCAAGACGCUCAACCACUGGCUGUACGGGCAAACGCACCAGAACAAGAUGAUGUUUAUCCUACGAAGCGUUGGGGUCCUGCAAAGAUUUGUUGUCGGUCGGGACCAUCUACGAGCAGAGUGGGUGGGAUGGCUUGCACAUCGGGCUGGCAUUGAAUUAGCUUGGCGACAUGGAGUGGAGCAGCGAUUAGUGCCCGAGCUUCGCUGACUCGCAUAUGAUAGCAACACACUGGCGAUAUGGAUCUACGGCCAAGAGUACUACUCCGUAAACACCCAUUAUGUUUGCCACACCGCAGAUGAA